AUGAACCCUCUAAUGGAUUCUUCAGCAAUCAAAGAUACAUUUGUUGGAAUUGAUCUUGGUACAACGUAUUGUAGUGUAGCAGUGUUUCAAAAUGGAAAAGCAAAAGUAGUCGAAUUUAAUGGGAAAAAUGCAAUCCCUUCUAUGGUUUUUUACGGCAUUCCUAAUCAAUACGGAUAUCAAGCUCAAUCUAAUCGUAACAUUCCAGAGUACAAGAAGAAUGUCAUUUACGAUAGCAAACGCAUGCUUGUCAAAAGUUACAAAGACUUGGAAACAGAAAUUCCACACUGGACAUUCGAUGUUGAAUCAGAUAAAGAUGGCAACCCACUUAUCCUUAUCGAUAACGGAAAGAAUCUUUCAAAAAUAAAACCUUGUGAAGUUUCUGCUUCGAUUCUUAACUACAUUCGAGACACUUGUCAAACAAAAUAUCUCACUUGA